UGACAUUCAAGUGCCAGAUGUCACUUUCAAAAAUUUUCUUGUAAAAGAAACGGAGGGAUUUCUUUUUAUCUUUUAUCAAAUUUGUGACCUUUACACCUGGGUUACAUUUGGAGAACUGAAAAUGUUUGCAGAGUAAAUACAUGUUGCACAGGUUACUGAAGUGUGACCUCAAACUACAAAUGUAGUAUAUUUAUAGAGAGAGAGCUUUAAUUCGUCCAAAUAACAAAAUGCAAGGUAGAGUGGGGCCAGAAACUGGCACCUUCCAUUUUCACACGAACAAUCACAAACCAGCCCAUCCUCAAGGAAGGGAAUUAAACAACAUAAUGAUAGAGGAGACAUGAUAAAUAUGUUUAAAAGGUGACAUUACAAAACCAUAUAUUCUGCUGCAGGAAAUCUUAAAACAAUCUAUAACCUGAUAUCUUGAUUUUAUGAGACAAAGAGAGAAAGAAAGUAAAUACAUUUUGAUUGGAUUGUAUUGAAUAAAGCCAAAAGCAUGAACUCAUUGGAGAGGAGAGAUGACAAAUGAUUGAUUCCCAGAUAAAAGUAGCAUUGCAUGAAACCUUGUGCAACACAACCAGUGUCUUCCAGAUGGAACUUGGACUCAUUAACAACAAAGUGAGAGAGGCCUUUAGUUGCUUGGAAGUUACCCUGGGUUCAUUCAUGACGUCUCAGACUACCGUGCAUCUUUCUUUUGUCGUGACCUGUGGAGGGUAACAGUCGUCUUACAUCUCCUCCAUUUGUUCACACUCUGACUGUUGAUUUUAAAUUCUUUACAGAUGUUUUGUAACUUUUUCCACUUGGAUUAACAACAGCAAAUAUUUUUCCUCAUAUGUCCUCAGGUAUCUCCUUUGUCUGUGACAACAUACACUUCCACAAACAUGUGUUGUGUGAAGAUCAGACUGAAAGACACCUGUGUUUCACCUCUGAAUAGAUUCUGAAGGGCGCAGAGGUUUUGGGUUAGUUCUUCUGUACUAACUAGACCCCGGAGCUGCAAACGUGCCACACUCUAUUUUGUUGUGACUGACACACGGAAUACUUGAAGAUAUCUGCAGUGCCCCACCUACCACUUCCCCUUCUUUUAGCAAAUAAAAAAGGAGUGGUUUGUAGUAUUUUUAGCAUUUCUACUUUUAGUUUAGUGAUUGUCACCACCAGACAGAUCGUUUGCUUGUUUGGACAUGAUGUUGUUCUCUUCCAUAGUCUUGGUUGUGUCUUUGUUGACCUGUCAGAGUGGCCUCCAUGUGUCCGGCUGUGAUUACACCUGUGCAGAUAAACCUGUGUUCACUCCAUCCAGUCUGGUAGUGAAGUAUGGAGACCCGACCUCUGCUACAUGUGUUGCUUGUAGUAAAUCCUGCCAGGGCACUGGUUUGGAAAAAUCUCAGGGAAAGCAAACAGAAAAUGGAACUACGUUUGUGUGGACCGUUGACGGAAUAACUGAAUGGGACUCAACUGUGACGUGUUAUUACAGCACUGCUGAUAAACAGUGUUGUACUGACCUGAAUGUAACUGUCUACCAGCCUCCAGAACAUGUGUCCAUCAGCUUUGUAAAUCACACUGAGCCGAUGGUUGAAGGUCAUCAGUACCAGCUGCAGUGUACCGUGGAGAACGUAGCUCCUGCUAAACACCUUGUUGUGACCUUCUACAGAGGAGAGACAGUCCUGGAUCAACUUCAGUCUAAAAGUAGUGAACCCUAUAAACCAGUGACUGAAACCUUCACUCUGAACAUCAACACUAGUAAAGAAGAUAAUGGAGCUCAGUUCUGGUGUGAAGCCAAACUAGAACUGGGACCUGAAGGACCACAACCCCCUCCAGUGGUGAAAUCAGAAAACAUCACUGCUACAGUCAACUCCACAUGGCCCACAUACGCUACAGUGUUGAUAGUAAUAGUUAUCCUGGUUUUCUUCGGACUCAUCGGAUACAUCCUAUACAAGCGGGACGCGGACCUUCUGGACACCCCCUCAGUCGCAGCUAACCCGAAGGACUUCGGCUCGCUGUCCACCGACAUGUCCUCCAGGAGGUCGUUCAGGAAAAGCAGCCCUGGCAUCCGGGACCUGAGACACCCAGAAGACGACCCCGGGGAGAAACACUUAGAUGAACCUCGCAGGAGGCCUGGAAGGAGGAAUACACCGUACUGGUACUUCUUACAAUGCAAGAGGCUGAUUAAAGAGAAGAAGCUGCAGGAGGCUUUGGACGUGUUCUCCAGAGACAUGCUGCAGGGAGAGAGGCUGCAGCCAGAGGAGUUCAACUACUCUGUCCUGAUAGGAGGCUGUGGUCGAGCUGGACAACUCAAAAUGGCCUUCAAACUCUACAAUGAUAUGAAGAAGCGAGGUCUGGAGCCCACCGAUGCGACCUACACUGCUCUAUUCAACGCCUGUGCAGAGUCACCUUUCAGACAAGGCGGCCUUCAGUAUGCUCUGAAGUUGGAGCAAGAGCUCCGUCGCAAAAACUACCCGCUCAGCACCAUCACGUACCACGCCCUCCUCAAGACCCACGCCUUCACCAACCACCUUCAAGCUUGUAUUCACACGCUCAGGGAGAUGCUGCAGAAAGGACACCCUGUAACUCAGGAGACGUUUCACUACCUGCUGAUGGGCUGCCUGAAGGACAAAGAAACAGGAUUCAGAAUGGCUUUACAGGUGUGGCGUCAGAUGCUGCGUUCAGGCAUUCUUCCAGACUCAAAGAACUAUAACUUGCUCCUGAGAACCGCCAGGGACUGUGAGAUUGGGGAUUUGGCCUUGGCUGCUGGCGUUCUGCUGGGGAAUGACUGUGAGCGUCAGAAAGGGAGCCAAGACGCAUCAGAGUCCAGGAGCAAGGGUGUGAUAGACAUUGAUGUCCUGGAGAGGCAGCUGUUUCUCCAGCCUGAUCCACACAGUGACGGAAGACGUAGUGAGGUAGAGUCCAACAGCAGAGGACAACACUCGACCGAUUUGAUACCAGUCAGACAAAAUGGAGACAUCCCACCGCCUGUCGACUUAGUAGCUGUUUCCACAGCUCCUAACUUACUGGACGUUUUUGAGGGGAAAAGAAGUGCUGUGAUCUCCCUCUGUGCUGUAGAUGGACCAUCUGAUCGCCUCGCCCUCAUCGGUGGAGCUAAAGGUUUCUUGGAGAAGAUGGCCGCCAACGGACUCAGUCCAGACCUCAGAACUCUGACCCUGCUGGCUGAUACGAUGGAACCGGGCUACGAGUCCCUGCAGCUGCUGUUGAAAGUCGCCAAGGAGCAUCGGGUGAAGCUUGAUGUGCCGUUCUUCAACUCUGUGAUUCGCAGAGCAGCAAGAGCUAGUGACCUGGAGGGGGCGAAGGCUGUGUUGAGUGUGAUGCGACAGCGAAACCUAAAUGUUGACAUACAGACGUUUGGGUGCCUUGCAUUAGCCUGUGAGAGACAGAAAGACGGUCUGCAGCUGCUGAAAGACAUUGAGGAAGCAGGACUGAGGCCCAACGUUCACAUUUUCUCUGCCCUAAUUGGCCGAGCUACUCGUAGACUGGAUUACGUCUACUUGAAAACGAUACUGAAAAGCAUGAAGGACAAAGGAGUGGCGCCUAAUGAGGUCAUCAUCACACAGCUGGAGUUUGCUGCACAGUAUCCUCCCAACUAUAACCAGUACAAGUCCCGAAGCAACUACCUCGUCCACAUAGAUGGUUUCCGUGGUUACUACCAGCAAUGGCUGAGAGACAUGCCUGCUCAGAGCGCCGAGGAAGAGCGGUCACCACCAGACAGAUCGUUUGCUUGUUUGGACAUGAUGUUGUUCUCUUCCAUAGUCUUGGUUGUGUCUUUGUUGACCUGUCAGAGUGGCCUCCAUGUGUCCGGAUGUGAUUACACCUGUGCAGAUAAACCUGUGUUCACUCCAUCCAGUCUGGUAGUGAAGUAUGGAGACCCGACCUCUGCUACAUGUGUUGCUUGUAGUAAAUCCUGCCAGGGCACCGUAACUGGUUUGGAAAAAUCUCAAGGAGUGGUAACAGAAAAUGGAACUACGUUGGUGUGGACCAUUCACACAAUAACUGAAUGGGACUCAACUCUGACGUGUUAUUACACUGCUGAUAAACAGUGUUGUACUGACCUGGAUGUAACUGUCUACCAGCCUCCAGAACAUGUGUCCAUCAGCUUUGUAAAUCACACUGGGCCGAUGGUUGAGGGUCAUCAGUACCAGCUGCAGUGUACCGUGGAGAACGUAGCUCCUGCUAAACACCUUGUUGUAACCUUCUACAGAGGAGAGACAGUCCUGGAUCAACUUCAGUCUAAAAGUAGUGAACCCUAUGAACCAGUGAAUGAAACCUUCACUCUGAACAUCACCGUUAGUAAAGAAGAUAAUGGAGUUCAGUUCUGGUGUGAAGCCAAACUAGAACUGGGACCUGAAGGACCACAACCCCCUCCAGUGGUGAAAUCAGAAAUCAUCACUGCUACAGUCAACUAUGGACCUAAGCUACUAGUGUCAUCAAAUGAAAACAUCCAAAUCACACAAGGAACCACUCUACGUCUGAAUUGUUCAUCUGAAGGAAACCCCAGCCCCUCAUACUCCUGGAAGCUCCCGGGAGGAAGAGCUUCCCCCUCCAACAGCAGCGUUCUCAUCAUCCAGCUUGUGGGCUCUAAUCAAGGAGGGAGUUAUGUUUGUACCGUCAGCAACAAAGUGGAGACUGUCAACGUGAAUUUUUCUGUGCACAUCCGAGAUUACAACUGUGCAGAUAAACCUGUGUUCACUCCAUCCAGUCUGGUAGUGAAGUAUGGAGACCCGACCUCUGCUACAUGUGUUGCUUGUAGUAAAUCCUGCCAGGGCACUGGUUUGGAACAUACUCAGGGAAAGCAAACAGAAAAUGGAACUACGUUUGUGUGGACCGUUGACAGAAUAACUGAAUGGGACUCAACGAUCAUGUGUUAUUACACUGCUGAUAAACAGUGUUGUACUGACCUGAAUGUAACUGUCUACCAGGCUCCAGAACAUGUGUCCAUCAGCUUUGUAGAUCACACUGGGCCGAUGGUUGAGGGUCAUCAGUACCAGCUGCAGUGUACCGUGGAGAACGUAGCUCCUGCUAAACACCUUGUUGUGACCUUCUACAGAGGAGAGACAGUCCUGGAUCAACUUCAGUCUAAAAGUAGUGAACCCUAUAAACCAGUGAAUGAAACCUUCACUCUGAACAUCACCGUUAGUAAAGAAGAUAAUGGAGCUCAGUUCUGGUGUGAAGCCAAACUAGAACUGGGACCUGAAGGACCACAACCCCCUCCAGUGGUGAAAUCAGAAAUCAUCACUGCUACAGUCAACUAUGGACCUAAGCUACUAGUGUCAGCAAAUCAAAACAUCCAAACCACACAAGGAGACACUCUACGUCUGAACUGUUCGUCUGAAGGAAACCCCAGCCCCUCAUACUCCUGGAAGCUCCCGGAUGGAAGAGCUUCCUCCUCCAGCAGCAGCGUUCUCACCAUCCAGUCUGUGGGCUCUGAUCAAGGAGGGAAUUAUGUUUGUACCGUCAGCAACAAAGUGGGGACUGACACUGUGAAUUUUUCCGUGGAUGUCCAAGAUGGACCUAAGCUACUAGUGUCAGCAAAUCAAAACAUCCAAAUCACACAAGGAGACACUCUAAGUCUGAACUGUUCGUCUGAAGGAAACCCCAGCCCCUCAUACUCCUGGAAGCUCCCGGAUGGAAGAGCUUCCUCCUCCAGCAGCAGCGUUCUCAUCAUCCAGUCUGUGGGCUCUGAUCAAGGAGGGAAUUAUGUUUGUACCGUCACCAACAAAGUGGGGACUGACACUGUGAAUUUUUCCGUGGAUGUCCAAGAUGGACCUAAGCUACUAGUGUCAGCAAAUCAAAACAUCCAAAUCACACAAGGAGACACUCUACGUCUGAACUGUUCCUCUGAAGGAAACCCCAGCCCCUCGUACUCCUGGAAGCUCCCGGAUGGAAGAGCUUCCUCCUCCAGCAGCAGCGUUCUCAUCAUCCAGUCUGUGGGCUCUGAUCAAGGAGGGAAUUAUGUUUGUACCGUCAGCAACAAAGUGGGGACUGACACUGUGAAUUUUUCCGUGGAUGUCCAAGAUGGACCUAAGCUACUAGUGUCAGCAAAUCAAAACAUCCAAAUCAAACAAGGAGACACUCUACGUCUGAACUGUUCGUCUGAAGGAAACCCCAGCCCCUCAUACUCCUGGAAGCUCCCGGACGGAAGAGCUUCCUCCUCCAGCAGCAGGGUUCUCAUCAUCCAGUCUGUGGGCUCUGAUCAAGGAGGGAAUUAUGUUUGUACCGUCAGCAACAAAGUGGGGACUGACACUGUGAAUUUUUCCGUGGAUGUCCAAGAUGGACCUAAGAUACUAGUGUCAGCAAAUCAAAACAUCCAAAUCACACAAGGAGACACUCUCAGUCUGAACUGUUCAUCUGAAGGAAACCCCAGCCCCUCAUACUCCUGGAAGCUCCCGGGAGGAAGCACUUCCUCCUCCAACAGCAGCGUUCUCAUCAUCCAGUCUGUGGGCUCUGAUCAAGGAGGGAAUUAUGUUUGUACCGUCAGCAACAAAGUGGGGACUGACACUGUGAAUUUUUCUGUGGAUGUCCAAGCCGACCACUCAAUACUCAUCAUACUGCUGGUAAUGGCAGGACUUGCCUUGUUAACCAUCGUACUGAUCGUAAUAUACUGCCUUUUCUACAAACACACCCGAAUGGGACAGUACAACAUGAAGGUUUUUAAGAAUAUGGGACACAUUCCUGUACCUGUUGAAGCUUAAAUCUACACGACGGCGUGGCAUGAAUAUGGACCCUCUGAAGCUGGUGUUUGACAUUACUGCUGGAUUUUAAGUCAUCGCCUUUGUGGAUAAGUUGUAAAGACUCUGGUGAUCAGCUACAACGUCCCCAGUUUGAGUGUUGCUGGUGCUGCGUCUCUCUCUACUUCAUUUCUUCUUCAAGUCUACACUGUCACAUAAAAAAAUAUUUAAAAAAGAAAGUCUGAACUUAAGUAAGGAAGUCUGGUUAGAAGCCAUGGACCACAGUGUUUAGAGAGUGUUGUCUACAGGUUUUCAUCUAUCUGUCUGUCUGUCUAUCUCUGGGAAGUUUGUCCAGAAAGUUGGUUGUUUCAUUCCAGACAGGGUUAAAUAUGUUUAUUUUAUUGUUUUUUUCAUGUCAAUUCUAGGUUUCAGAGUUGAAAACGGCAUGCUUCAGACUUCAUUAUCUUGGCACGCUUCAAAAGAAGGCGCUGCAUUGUCAGUAGAGUGUUGCUAGGCUACGCAAAUUGUUUAAUUCACGGUCUGAAACACUUUAGGAAUGACUGAAAUCCUGUGGAACGAGCUGCCCUCUAAAUCUCUCCAUUCAGUUCUGCACCACAGACUGACUCAACCACUUGGGGGUUGGUUCUGGUGAACAUGUGGCCCACGGGUCGCUAAUACACUAGGCCUGAAUGACCAGUAGUAUGAUGUAUGUUCUUGGUGUAUGGUCAGCAUGUUAGUGGACACAAUUCUUUUAAGAGUAGUUUUGUAGUAGUUUUGUUAUCUGUGGUUUGGUAAACCCUCAGAACAGCUGUAGGUUUUAGUAAACACUAUCCUAACAGACUUUUCAUUUGUUUGCAGCAGGAAUGUGUGAUACACUAUGGGCUCUCUAUAGUUAGUAGAGUAACUUUACACACAGGUUCUCAAGAUUUGACGAUAAUUUUAUGGUCAAAACGUGUUGAUAUUAUGCCUUUGUGGCAGCUGGGUUCUGCAAGACCCCCUGAUGAAGGUAAAACCCUCCAGCAUGAAGCAGAAUCAGCUGUUAGUGUCGGCCACGUAAAACCGGGUUUACCCUUGAACUGUUGCACAGCCUUGAGUUCGGUACACCGGUGGAAUCUGGUUAAAGUUUAUGAUUCACAGAUAUGUCAGGAAAGCUUCAGUUGCUUUAGUCAUGUCAGUGUCAUCUGUCUCUUCUUUGGUUUCUAGAACAUCUGGGAACUAGAUGACUCAUUAAAUCCAGCUACAGAAACCCAUGUUAAUGUGUACAUAAAUGAAAACACACACACGUGGAAAUAGUGCUGUUUUAAACACGGGUGUGCAGUGUGAGUAGAUACAGAUUUUUGUCCUGUAAAUAUAUAAUAAUAAAAUGCUUAUUUAAUAUGUAUUCUCUUCGUACCAUACAUGCGACAGUCACCGUAGUCCGUCAGUCACAAACAACCAGCUUUGUGAGCCAUUUAUUUGAUGUGUACUUCAUUUGACCACACGGAGCCAGUACUUCCAGUGUAGCUGUUGUGUUGUGAUCAUGUUGUUUUACUGUUUCACUGCUCUUUGUUGUUUUCUCAUUCUGCUUAGAACUUUAUAGUUUCAUUUAGUGGUGCGCGGUUCAUGUGAGGCCAAAUACUGAGAUGUGAAAACUCUCACAGCUGCAUCUGAACCCACUGAAAAUGUCGCUCUAACCCACAGAGUCUACAGUACGUGUGUGUACGGCAAGUGAAAAGAGGAACAAUACAAGUGCAAACUGUGUAUUUAUGAACUGGAAGUCCUGUAAAUAUAUAUAUAUAAGAUUUUUUAAAUUUUUAUUUUGAAAAUAUCAAUAAAUGAUACGACACUUUUA